GGCCCAAGAUGUCCCACAAGGUGUGAUUCUACUGACUUGUACUGUCAUUACUUUAGUAAAACGCCUCCCAUACUUAUAACGACGAUAAAAUUACCUAUGUUAUUCCCUUUUUCUUUCCUAUGAAUUUACUUUUCAUGUUCAAAUAAUGGAAAAAUACUUUGUGUCCUAACCUUUUAUUUUGAAAUGUUUGAAUAAAUCAACCGGAAAUGAGCUUGUCCGUUUAGGCUGACUUCACCCCGCUCUUCCAGUCAGCUGUCAUCCUUGUUUGCAAACAAAGCUACUGUGCCCGCAUGUUUUCACUGUUGUCUGGGUUGUCUGUUACAUGAGUCCUUUGUCGAUAUGGGGGAAAACGUCGACAAUGAGAUCAUCGAACAUCACGUUGAUGAAGAGAUGGAGAAGAGAAGGACGACAAGUCAUGCCUCUUCGUUUAUCGAGAGUCUUACUCCGUUUGAACGGGAGGGACACUCCAGCACGCAGUCUUCGCACCGACUACUUGCUUAUAGCGACGCGCUUAUUUCGAUCAUAGCCACUGUAAUGAUAUUACCUGUUGCUCAUACAAAAGUGGAAGAUAAUGAGGAACUAAAGGAAAGUUUACAAGCUCUUCUCUCAACCAAAAUCGCUGUCUAUCUGAUGACGUUCUUGAUAGUUAGUGUGGCGUGGGCCGCACAUAUCAGGUUGUUUCAAGUGAUCGAGCGUAUUGACGAUUGCCUUGCACUUCUAAAUCUGGCCUGCAUGAUGUUGAUAACAUUUCUUCCAUACACAUUUUCUCUCAUGGCAACCUUUCCUGAGUACAUCCUAGGAAUCCUCCUGUUCUGUGCGUGUGUCAUUGUGAUUGGACUAAUUCAGUCAGUCAUAGUGGUGUACGGCUUCAGCCGUCCGUUCCUCCUGAACGACCAGAUCCAGAUCUCGGAGAACCAGGUGUUCUACAAGCACCACAUCCUCAAGGUGAUCAUGAGGGUGCCCAUCAUGUGCUUCUUCGCCAGCAUCUUCUCCUUCAUCUUCUUCCAGCUGUCCUACGUGAUACUAGCUGUAGUCAUCUUCCUGCCCUACAUCACGGAGUCUUUGAAAUGGUGUCGUAGCAAGGCUAUAGGCCAAGUGGAAGAGACUCCAGACUCAGUGUUGUUCUACUCCUACCGCCCCAACGAGCCGCUGACCAAGGAGCGUGUGGAAGCCUUCAGCGACGGCGUCUACGCCAUCGUCGCCACACUCCUCAUUCUGGAUAUAUGCGAGGACAACGUCCCCACCCCCAGUGUGGUACAGAAGAAGUAUGGAGGCAGCCUGAUAGCUGCCCUGCAGGACUAUGGCCCAGAAUACCUGGCCUACUUCGGUUCCUUCGCCACCGUCGGCCUCCUGUGGUUCGUCCACCACUCUCUCUUUCUCCAUGUCACCAAGACCACGCGCUUCAUGGGCUUGCUAAACACCUUAUCACUGGCCUUCGUCGGAGGCCUACCGCUAGCUUAUACCCUAACCCAUGAGUUCCCCCGCAACUCCCGCAACGAACUGGAAGCUAUCCAGAUUAGCUGCGUUAUCAUUUUCUUCGCAGGCGUGUUCCAGCUUGCGAUUUGGGUCGCGGCUCUGUUUAACGAGCGCGAGACACUGCACCCGUAUGUCAGGUAUGGAGGUCGAGAUCACGCCUUUAUGUUCGCCAAGCUGGCGUUGUAUCCGUGCGUCGCGCUCGGAACGUUUUUUGUGACGUGCGUUUUGAGUCGGUUCAGCGCUUCGAUAUUUCAUUUGAUGCAAGUCACGGUGCCUUUUGCUUUCCUGUUGUUGAGGUUGUUGGUGCGCGGUGGGCUUGCGCUGCUGCGCCUGGUCUUCUGUCCGGACAGGUCAGACCAGAGGAGCACCCUGGAGGACGAAGAGGAAGAGGCCAGGAUGCCGUUUAACGCUCUCGUAACUUAGCCUUCGAUGCACCGAUAGCAAAGCCGUAAAUGGGCCUGAUGCAACUUUGUGUCAGUCAAGUGUCGUUUCUAAACAAGUGUGAAGAAACCCGCCAGUUUCAGCCUUGUUCCGCCCCUUUCAAAAGAUGCUUUCUGGUGAAAAGUUGCAAGCGGAGGAUUUUUUCAAUCAUUCAUAUUCUUUUACAGGGUAGGUUACAUGCUCUAAAUCACACUUUGACACAUCCAAUAAUGUUAAUAAUGCCUGCUAAAAGAUAGAAACGAAGAUGGUGGGGAGGAUGGGGGGGGGAUGCAAGCGAUGUGUCUGAUUGGCUGGUAGGUGGCAUUUAACGCUAUAUAAGUCGAGACAGCUUUCAGCUCGGCAGAAAGUUCACGGCGAAUGCGUGAGACUUAAGAGCCCGCUUUGUUAAAAGGUUUUAGUGUCUGAUUGCACUGGAAUUCAUUUCAGGGCAGGUUCCACUUUCGGUUUCAAUUUCAAGCAUUGAUGUGAAGAAUGUGACAUGAAACUUAUGCUAUUCUCAUCAAACCGCAAGUGGUCGUAGUGUCCUCAACUGAAAUUUAGUUAGUUUUGAAUGUUGAAUUUCAAAAGGUAGCAAUGAUACAAAACACAACCAAAGGCUCUGCUAUUUAUUAUUUAAAAUGUCUUGCAUUUAAAGAAUUGACAAUGCCUGGUUUAUUGUUCAAUAGCGAACAGUCAGUUAUGUUUGAAAUAAUCCUUUUUAACGCAGUGCUGAGUAAAAAAUAUUCAGUCACUCAAAUGAAAGCCAUUCUGUACUGUAGCCUAUACAGGACAGCUAGGAAAAAGUGUAGGAUACUGAACGUCAUGUUGAAAUGUUAAUCUGUUAAAAAGCAAAAGAAGUGUAUGCACUCCACCAGAUACUUUAAUUGCACAUAUCCUCUUUUAUUGUACCCGUACUGUAUAUUAUGUUUUAUUUUUUGGUCAAGAUAUUGUUUUGAAGUUUAAGGAAAAUAAUCUGUUGUGAAAGUGUAUAGUGUAGCAGUUAUCAGGACCUGAAUAUACAGGUGCAUGGGCAUUCCAACAACAGUGACCUCUAGGUAGUGACUCUAGCAUACCCGAUCUACUUCUGGGAAAUCCCAAGACACGCCCUGUGACGUACAGUAGGAGAAGACACGCCCUGUGAUGUACGGUAGGAGUAGUACAACAGACAAUUCUCCUUUCUGUUUUGGUAGAAGGUGAAAUAUUUGUGUGCAAUAUAGUCGUUACUAAAAAUGUUUGUUGUUUAACAUUUAAAUCGCAAUGGCCUCAUAUGUUUUGCGCUAAUUUGUGGAAAAUAUUGACUCAUUCAGUCAAUGGUACCUGUCGCAACAGGUACUAAAUGCAAUGUUGUAGGCCCUAUUGGAUGUCAUGUAAAAUAUUGAAUGCUAAUUUUUGCCUGGUGUUUUCCACAAGAGGUCACUGUUUAAUUUAUUUUGCCAUGAAACUGAGGGGUAAUGUUUUGCUGCUUUUGUGCUUGAUGUGCGUGUUUUAUUAAGAUUACAUGGAUAAUCAAAUCCACAAAGCACUUUAACCUGAAUGCGUAGGCCUACUUGUUCGCCUGCGAUAGCCUACUUUAAUGUCUAAAUAUCCUGUAACAAAUUAAACGUGAAGAAGAUUUGUAACAUUGUCAAUAAAAUAUAUUGUUACGUAUUUCAUGGACUUCUGGAUUGUGUUUUGUUGAUGCAUGUCGACACAAAUUGCAUCCAACAGUGUCAGCUGUCAUGAUUUAGCCUAUAGUCACGAAAAAUCUUCCUCAAAAUAGGAUUCGCCUCCCCCCAACCCACACGCACACAAAUCAUAAUAUUAUGAUCAUGUGUUAAUUGAGCUGCUGCGUUUCCAUCAGAAUCCAAUCUUGUGAAGUGAAACUUAAUGAGUCAUGUCAUCCAGACAAAACCUUUUCUUGAGAUGAGGCAGGGUCAUCCACGUACCUGGGAUGCUUUCAUGAGUCAUUCUAGAAAUGUUAUAAGAUUGUCACGUUGUCACCAAUUAAAUGUAAUGAGGCAUUGAAAAUUAAUAAAAAAUAUUGCCUUGUGUGAUAGGCUAAAUUAUACAGGUAACAUUGUAAACAAGCCCUACUACUCUGCCUAUGAAUUUCGGAAAUCCCCUCAGACGUGACAAGCCAGCUUUGGAGAAAGAAAAACGAAACUCGGACAGCCUCAGCGAUUGAACUCGGGGAAAACGAAUCUCAAUGAUGGGCGUGACGCAGUGUCAUUUGGUUUAUAUGCAGCUUCUGUCAGCUGUGGACCGGCAGAGACCUCAAGUCAACGGUGUCAUCCGCUGUUCAGCAUAACAAUCCUCAGAACUCGUCCGAACAACUAAGUUCUCACUAUGGAUCUCAUAGUCACAUUGUUGGGUGGAGAAACGCGUCCCUUGAGAGUGGAGCAGCACGCAACCGUUAGGGAUCUUAAGAAACGCAUCUCCGAAGUCUUUAACCUGUCUGUGGACAGGAUCAAACUAACCUGCGAUAACGGUCAAAAGAUCCAGCUCAGCGAUGACUCCAAAGUUUUAAGCUUUUACGGCUUGCAUUCUGGAUCUAAAGUGUGGCUGCUGGUGACUCCCGAACCCGCGCCAUUCCAGGUGUUCCUGAAGAAUGAAAAAGGUCAGACAAGCGUCUACGACGUCUCGCCUGGGGAGACCGUUACCAGGUUCAAAGCCAAGGUCUACAACAAGGAGGGGGUUCCCGUCGAUCAACAGAGGCUGAUCCACAACGGCAAGCAAUUCGAUGACGGAAGGACUCUGGCAGAUUAUGACGUCGCAGUUAAUAGUACAAUUUACCUGACGCUCCGUUUAAGGGGAGGCUGAAUAUUUCCCAAUCUUUUACAUUACAUUUUAAAUUAUAUUACCUUUUACUCUGGAAGUAAUUAGUCGAAGAGAUGUUUUAAAAAAUGUAUUUAACUUCUUGUAACAGGCAGGAAAUCAUUAAUAACGUUAUUCAUGUCAAAUGUUUAUCCACAUUAACCAAUCCCUGUAAUACGUUAGUAAGAAAUGUAACAAUUAAAAAUGGAUAAUGAUCA